CGUAUCGAUUGUGUGAACAUCCGCAUGAUAAUGACCCAAAUGGCUUCAUGACCAAAACACCUCACAGCCCUUUGUGUCCUACUAAACUGAUUUAGAAUAUUCGCGUGCGGAAUUAUUAAAGUAAACCCACUUCAUAGAAAUGUCUUAUUAGUAGUUGAAGAUGUCUCGAAGCGGGAGCACGUGUAGUGCGCUCACGCUUAAGAAGUGGCUGCCGGUGGAAAACGAUGAAAUCGUGAAGUGUUUCGCGGAUUGUUCGAAAGUGCGUCAUGCGUCGGCCAUUUUCGCGGAGACUUUGGCGGCGUUCUUGAAUGAAAAUGCGUUCGUGAAUAGUUAUUUAAGAAGGAAUACUUUGGAUUGUGAACAAUUAAUUACAAAACUAGAAGAAGUUUUAAAUGAAUUGGAAAAUUUAAGAUUUAGAUAUGAAAAGUGCUACGAGACUUUAAACAAGAAUAAAAUUCUUAGUUCACUUUUAGAUGUAAAGAUAAAAAUGUGGAAGGAUACUUUAACUUUUGAGAAACAAAAAGUCACUUACUACAUUCAGGACUUAAUCGGGAAAAUCGCUCAUCUUUAUAUUUAUUACGGUGCUUCCAUAUUAACACAAACAUUUAAAAUUUCAAAUGUUUUCAACGCGUUAUUAAAUUUUGACACAAAGUACGAUCUUACCGAUCCGGUACUGAUAACCAGCAACACCUGCACUUACCUGCAACAUCCGCAGCGAAAAAUAUCGAUUACAAGAUUGCUGCAACUGUUGGCCUUGAAUCGAGCAGAAUUGUGUGCGCAUAAAUUGAUCGAUUGUCUGCUUGAAACGUACAAAUCAUACGAAGCCCACAACGAUGCGAAUGGGGACGAAUCGGAUAAUUCCAGUGUAGAAAUUUACAAGGCAUUAACUCAUCAUAUGAACGAUGAAGAACUGCAAGAGUUAAAGAAAAACGAUAAAAACUACGAAUUGAACGUAGAAGAAGAAAUUGCGAGGGAAAUUUUGAGUGGAUAUCAAAAUGACAACUUUACACAUUUAGAGAAACUAAUUGAAUAUGAAGAGCAGAAUGUAUUGGAUCUUCUACAAGUCGCAAUUGAAGCAGCCCCUAAUAUGUUGGGGCAUGACGGAAUUAAAAAACCCAAAAAUGGAGGUGAAAAACGUAUUAAUCCUAAAGCACUUCAAAAAGUCCUCGAUUACUAUCAAGAAAUCCUCUGGGGAGAAGUAGGAAACUACCUAGAACAUAUAAUACUAUGGUGGGGACCGUCCCCAUUAGCAUCCCGCGUCCCUCAUUCGUCCCAACAUCUCCGGGAGUGGAUCACACAGUUUACACCAACCGCACAAAUCCCACCCUUUAUAAUAUCAACAUUAACCAGCCUAGCAGACGGGUUAGGUGUGCACGUCACUUCCACAUCCUGGGACCGCCAUUUUCGACUAGCUUUAGUCCAUUCAAAAGUCCGGAAUGAUCCAUUGACGGGACAAUUAUUCAGUGAAAUGCUGCAAGACUUGGUAAAUCUGUGUAAUCAAUGCGAGGUUACGAAUGAGUGGGUUGUGGGAGCCCCUCUUGAUGAAUUGCCAUUAGUUGAACAGAUCCCAGUUUUACAUCGAUUGGAUCAUUCUGUGCAUACAACACGCCUCUGGGCUGCAUCUGAAACGAAAAAACUAGCAAACGCAUGGAAUGUAUCAUCGUUUUUCAAGAUAACGCACUGUGAUAUCAUAAAUUGCUUGAGUCAGUUGUCCAAUGUGCGAUUGGUCGACCAUACAAUCGCUAUUGAGAAGGGUGGAUUGGGCGUACACGUCGAGGUGUGCUCCAAAAUGAGACAUAAACUUGUAUCGGAAGUGCAAACCAAUAUUCAAAAACUCAAAGAAACAGCUGCGGAAUGCGUUGAAUGUUUGGCUGCAGUAUGCACAACUACAAGUCUGGCACAUUUACAAAUGAUAUUUCCUAAACCAGGUUAUUACUCGCGUGGAGGCGGGGACAUUCCAAGCGGUCACACCACUUACGUCUACAAAUAUUUAGAACAAAUUCUCACACCGGUUCUACGCGCAACUGAAGACGUGGUUAUCUGUAAUAUGAUUCUUCGCUUGAUGUGUGAAGCCUGGUUGGAUCACAUCUACAAACACAAAGUACACUUUUCCCACAAUGGCGCAUUACAGCUACUCAAUGAUUUCGCAGGUGUAGGAGAAUGGCUUACGCAGAACAAAGACAUCAACGAUCAUAUUCGCCUACAAAUGAUGAAAAACGAAGUGUUGAGAAGAUGCGAAGGCGUUGGUAGAUUACUACUGAGAAAUCCCGGUGAAAAAAUCAAAAUGACUGACAAACAAAAAGAUAAAAAUGUUUCACCAAAAACAGACACCAAAGAAUUAAUGCCGGCUGAAAUGUACGUACCCAAUCAGGAGCAGUGGCUUGAGCUCCGCGCCGGAAAACGUCGCUUUCUUCUCUUGCAUCCGCCAUGUUGUUCAUAACUAACUCAGGAUACAAAUCGAUUUAAAUAUAUAUUAUACAGAACUUUUAUGUAGUCAUAAAAUAUCUUAAAAAAAUGUAUGUACACAAUCAAAGAAAGUCAACAUUUACAAUUUUACGUCAACUGUCAAAGAAUCAUUUUCGUUCGUUCGUACGUACUGAAAGAAAAGUGUUUGUAUUUUAUAUUUUGUAUAACAAGCAUCUUUGGUAUAUAACUCGAGCGACCGCGGGAAAAUUGCGUAUGACUUUGAUGAUGAUAUGAAUGAUAUAGAAAUGAAAAUGAACACAAAGCUGCCUGCCGAUAAUAACAAACGCAAAACGUAAAUAAUACUAAUUGCAAUUAAA